AUGGAUGAGACCACUCCACAUGUGUUUGUCGACAUUGCUUGGGACGCCAGUGUGCCAGACCAGUUCCUACUCCAUGUCAUACCAGGACACUUGGUGUCGGAUGGAGUUGGCUACAAGUUCUUGGAGUCACGUGCUGUUGACCUUGUGAACAGAGGACCUUUGGACAUCAAGAAUAUCCACAUCCCAGACGACUACAUCGUGCCCGUCGCCACCUAUGAUGACUUCAAAUGCAUGGAUGUGCUCGAGGAGAAGAAUCCAACAAAGUUGAACUUUCUCAACCAACUUGCAAUGGUCCUCCAAUAUCACUUUGUUCCAUCAUUCAUCAAGAGACAGCUCAACAUGUUCUGGGCGGGCAGUCAGCGACAACAAUGGGAGAAGUGUGAUAGUCGCAUCAGACUGUUCUCCUUCCCCAUGUCCGACUUCCGCCAAUUCAUGGAGGUGUGCAAGAAGAACAAGGUCACGUCACAUGCCGGUCUCUACACUGUGAUCCUGUCGGCAUUGUCCCAAGAGUUUGGCAAAAAUGAAGACGCGCUCAAGUUGCGUACAUCGACCGUUGUCAAUCUUCGUAGAUUCUGCAAGAUUGUUGAUGAGGCACCUGGUAUCUUCCUUGGAUCGAUCCAUCGCGACACAGUGGUCAAGCCCAAAGACAUUGUCGAGUCAAAGAACUUCUGGGAGGAGACGGUCAAGUACAAGGACUACAUCCGCACCAUGGCGCCAACAUCAUUGGUGCUGUCCAAUUGUAUUGAGUACUUGGCGGCAGACUUCCCCAACAACAUGCUCAAGUACUGGUCCAAGAAUGUUGAUGACUAUCCAAUGGGUCGAACAUCGAGUUUCAUCAUGAGUGACUUGGGUAUACUCGAAGUGCCGCCUGGUGCAGAGUGGACCGUAAAGUCAUUGACACUCGCUCAAACAUCGAUUGUCACCUCUGGUACAUUACUAUUCACUGUUGCAGGAUCUGAUACAUUAGAUGACUACUCAUGUAGUAUGGCAUAUCAAAGAGGUGCUAUUACCGAAGCAGAGGCUGAUCGUUUAGUUGAAGCAUUCCCAAGACUAUUGAAGAAACCACUUGGUCAAUCGGAGAAAUAUCAUCUUAGUAAACAGAUAGCUGGAACUUAUGGAAAUCCAUGCUUCAAGUAUCAUUUAAAGGUGCGUCCAGGAAUCACUCUCACACAUGACUACCUCUACAAGAAGACAUGUCACCUGGCAGUUAGUUUGGCAAACAGAUUCCAGCAUUUACAAUUAUCAAUAAGCAAUGCCAACUCUGACCAGCCCUUAUUCACUCGUCUCAAGUCAUUGGACUUGUCCAAGAUCGUGGAGAUCGUCGACCAUUGUCCAAUAUGGGAUGACGCUCACAUGGAUCGAAACACCGAGUUCCUGUUACAUCGCGAGUUUAGCCUCGACCCCAACACUCCUCUAUUCCGGUUCACCAGUUACUGGCAUUGUGACGUACCUGACAAGUUCAUCUUAAUAUUCUCAUUCAAUCAUUUGAUGUCCGAUGGAGUUGGCAUGCGCGACUUGAUUGAACAACUCGUGGACAUUUCAAACGAGGCCGAAGCACCAGACAUACACUACGACUCCAACAUUGUAGACCUCAUAGACAAGUCAGAGUUCAAGGUGAUGGACCUAAUGGAACAAUCAAACCCAGAGAAGAUGAGCAAUCUGCGCAAGUUGGCAACGAUUAUGAUGUACUACACAGUGCCCUCAUUCAUCAAGCGUAAGUUCAACUCGUUCUGGGCCGGCAGCGUUCGCCAGCAAUGGGAGGUAUGCAACAGUCGCAUACGCGAGUUCAGAAUCCCAAUGAAUGAAUUUAGAUUAUUUGGACUGUGUUGCAAGAGUCAUGGAUCUAGUCUACAUGCUGGUCUGUACUCGGUGAUCCUCGAGUCGCUGGCAGAGGUGUUUGGACGCAACGAACCACUCAAGGUGCGCUCAUCCACCGUUGUCAACCUGCGCAAACAAUGUAAGGUGAACGAUACCGCACCAGGAAUAUUCAUCACAACAAUCAAUCGCGAUACAAUCCUCCCACCCAAGUUGAUGAUGAAGAAUGAGAAGUACUUCUGGGAACAAUGCAACGACUACAAGAUACACUUGAGGAAUCACUUCCAGUCUGCCUCCAAGGUGGUCGACAUGCUGGGCUACAUGACCUCCGACUUCCCCUGCCGCAUUGUCAACUACUGGGCCACACAAAUCGAUGACUAUCCCAUGGGCCGAACUUCCAGCUUCAUCAUAAGCGACUUGGGUUGGUUCAACAUGCCCCCACCAGGCGGUGAAUGGAGCAUUCAGAAACUGUCGGUCGGCCAAACAUCCAGUGUGACCGGUGCGCCACUAAUAUUCUCCUUGCUGGGCAAUGAAUCGUUGGCCGAGUUCAUCGGCUCCAUGUCCUAUCAAAAGGGAGCCGUGUCCGAACGUGAAGCGACACUACUUUUGGAUACAAUGGCCAAGAAGAUCAGGAAGUAUUCAUUCAAUUUCAAACCCGAGGGUGUAGAUCUACUUCGUCCAUCUCUUUGA